AUGAAGGAAUACGUGAUCGAGGCGAAGAACUACUCUGACAUGAAGGAGUGGCUGUCGAUCAUCCGCGCCUGUACCGAGAAGUCUUUUUCGCUGGACGAUGAGCACGAAUCUACGGACUUGAUGCUGCGCUUCUCGAAACAGAAAAAAAUAAUGUCCAUGUUCGAACACUUCCGCUCGCAACGCUACCAUUCUUUGCCGCUCCGGAGCUCUUCAGGCAUACGCAAGAACAGCCCAUUUCGUUUGAGUAUGUUUUUCUGGCACCACGAUAGUCCCACAUCAUCCGAUGCGGCUCCUAGCGGUUCGUUUUGGCAGUCAUCGAACUCGGACGCUCUGCUGCGAAGAAGUUAUAGUACCAAUCACACGUCGUCCCAUCUAAGCGUUUCGAACCGCAGCUUGAGCAUGGUCCGAAAUGCGCUGUCUAACAGUCUUCGAUGGAUUCAUCUUUCUAGUGGCUCCAGCCGGAGUUCUCGCAGUGUCUUCACGAUCGAACCAAGGAUUAGCGAUGUUUUACAGGAAUACGCUUGGUAUCACGGGUGCUUGUCUCGUGCGGAUGCUGCUAAGUUGGUGCUUCAGGCUGGCCCAGAAGGACAUGGACUUUUUUUGGUUAGGCAAUCAGAGACACGCAGGGGAGAGUACGUUCUGACAUUCAACUGUAAUGGAAGAGCAAAGCAUUUGCGCAUCACCGUCCUGUCGAAUGGGCAUUGCAGAAUCCAGCACCUUUGGUUUGAUAGUAUACUCGACAUGCUAGACUACUUUCGAUCUCAUUACAUAGCCUUAGAAAACGUAGCCACUGGUGGAAUUGUUCUCGGCGACUAUGUAAUAGGUACGUGA